AUGUGGGCGUCGUGGCAUACCAAGUUCUUGGCUGUCGUGGACAAGCAUGCACCCAUCCGCUAUGUAUCCUCCAACCGCAAAUCCCAUCCGCCCUGGUCCGACAGAGAGCUCCACAAGCUCAACCAACGUAUAAACCAGCUACACCGACGGUGGCUACGCGAUAAGGGAAACCAGAAUCUUCACGUACAGUUCAAGCAAGCACGCUCAAGCGCCAGAAAUGCCUAUCGCCGAAAGCGCAAUGAUUUCUUCCGAGCGCAAUGUGCCGCGUCCAGUCAGAACCCGCGACGUUGUCAUGGCGCCACGUGUACCUUCCUUGAUGGAGUGAGGAAGGGCAGGCGGAAGAAGAAGAAGAAGAAGAAGAAGAAGAAGAAGAAGAAGAAGAAGAAGAAGAAGAAGAAGAAGAAGAAGAAGAAGAAGAAGAAGAAGAAGAAGAAGAAGAAGAAGAAGAAGAAGAAGCCAACACACCAUCUGGCUUUGCACUGUUUGCCAGCAUAA